AAUUCCAAGAUGGCAGCGCCCAUACACAAGACCUCCAUGGACGUCAGAUCCAUCAACACAGGUGAGAUGGAGGAAUCCUUUGCGACCUCUUCAUCUCUCUCCGCUUCCACUGGAGGCCCUCACCACAUUCUGCCCCAGGAGCAACAGUUCCUGGAGAUGUACUUCACUGCCAUCAGCCACUUUGCAUUCGACAGAUCUAAAGAACUGGUGGACCAGGAGAAGGAGGCAAUCCGCUCCCAUCCCACCAGUCUCUGGGCAGGCUUGGUCAGUGCCUUGUCUGUCCUAGCAUCGGCCGAGAAAACCUACAUGCACCUGGCUUUCUUUGAGCAGAAGUGGUUUGGGCGGCAAUCGGGCAAGUGGCUGUUCUCCUCAGCGAUGAGUGACGUCCGCCGCGUGGAACUACGGGGCAAAGAGAUGGGCCACCAGGGUUCAAAUCCCGAGGACCGCCUUCUGUCACACCUCUGUGAGCAGCUGGUCCACUUCAUUGAAGCACGCCAAGAAAUGAUGGAAUUGUACGAGAAACUCUGUUAUUUGGGAUCACAGAAGGCCGACAUCAAUAUUUCUGAUCUUACGGUAGCCGUGGGAAAUGUCAUUUCAAGACAUGCCAAGCAGUUCCACCACCCUAUCCUGAGCUCCAUCCGCUCCAACCUCUCGCUGGAGCUGGAAGCCCUCCACGCCGUCUUCAUGGCCCUGGAGCACCUGGCCCAGUUCAGUUUCCUCCCUGCUCUGCUUAGCUUGAACGAGUCGCAGUGCAAACUGGAUGAGUGGGGUGCAUCCAUCAAACUCCGAGAGGCAAAGAAGAAGUUACAGACAAUGGCACCGGGGAAGGUCACUGGUAUUCCACCACUGAUGGUGUGGUAUGUGCGUUUUCAAGCAGCACAGCUGUCUAAGUUCAGUCUGUAUUUUCAUGAAAUGCUGGCCAAACAAGCGCUACCUGGAGACAUGAAAACACACUUGUCAAAUCUCUCCAUCGAUUACUACACAAAAAUUGCCCUGUUUCAAAAGAAAUCCGACGCCCUCAACAUCUCCCUGGUCUUUGACACUCGGGGGUCAGAGGACACCUACAAAGGUCACGGUUACCACCAUCCCAAUUCAUUCUGCGAGCCUCCUAAGGGGCUAGACUCUUAUCCAGCCAUUUUCUCAUUCCCAAAUGAGCGACCAGUCCAUCUGUGGCCAAAUUUGAUCAUGUUGUUGCCGAGUGCAGAGAGUGGGCCGAUUGACAGAGUCGUCCAUUUUUAUGACAAGACUCAACAGAUAACCUACUACAUCAGUAGGGUGGACAUCAAGAUGAGUCUGGUCAUCAUCUUUGAGGCCAAGAAAUCAGAGCGGGACACCAACAUCAAUAAUUUCUUACAAGAGAUGGGACAACUUCUCCGAGUCAACAAAUUGUUUGCAAGUUUACGACAAGGUGCCAAGACGAAAGCCCUCAUGAACUGACGAUUGUCAUGUUAACAGUCAGUCUCACCGUGGACAACUUGCACUGACAACAUCCUGCCACAGCUGGAUGUGUCAUUUGUUGGCAGUCACGAGGCUCAUCAGCAGUCAUGUAAGCCAGCAAAGGUCAUGUGACUUUGAGAACUCCUGUCACUGGUCAGAGGGUUAUGGAUGGGAUCUAUGUGUGUGAAUGUUGUGUGUAAUCGGUGUCUUUCAACUGUAGUGACUCUAGUCACAUUGGUUCUGUAAUGGAGUCUGUGCCCACACUGCUGAGGGCACUGUCCAGUUGAGCAGCAAGGAAGUGGAGGGCAGUCAUAUUUUAGCUGGUGAGCAUAUGCUGCUCAUUAGUUUACAUGGGGGAAUUAAUGAACAAAUACCAGGGAACACAUGCUGCGUAAUCCCACAAAAUGAGUGAUUGUUUUUAGUGUUGCAGUUUGUGUCGGGACUAAUUUCUUAUCUGAUGCAGGUUCAAUGUAUACAUUGUUUUUGGUAAGCUAAACUUGAGGCAGAACCUCGCCUAAAAUCCUGAACAGUCUUGAAUUUUCAUAAAAAUCGUAUUUUGCAGCCAUGCUUGAAAGCUGGACUUACUAUCAGGACUUAAUUCAAUUGAGUUGAAGAAAACCUGAGAAGGAAAAACUCAAACAGGCCAGCAAUGUAAAUGUGGACUUUAAAAUGUCCUAAGCCUUCUGUUUUUAUUUAAUACAACACUUUUCCUUUUGUUCAGUCAAAAGUACAAUAAAAUCACCGAAACAUGAACAGUUUUGGUCUUCAGACAACACAGAACAUUAAAAAAACAAUGAACCUUCCUAAUUUUUUGGCAACUUCCUGACAUGAAACAUGGAACAUCAACCAGACUCAGCUCAGACAAACCAAAAACAAGUUUUCCAUAUACUUUUAAAACUUUAAAACCACUGGCAACAUUUCACAACAAAGAGGGGGAAAAGUAUAUUUUUGUAGUUAAAAUAUUAACAUCUGACACCCCUGGGUUUACAUUCAAAGCGUUCCCAGGGAAAAGAACUUUCAACCAUCCCAACUUUGAACUUAAAAUAUUUGUUUUAAGCAAUCACUUCCUCUUUCAGCAAAAAGUCAACCAAGAGGGAUAUUAUGGAAAUCAACCACUUGGGCAUUUAAGAAACUGUGUUUCCCUUCGACUUUGUUGGUGAAUUUCCUGCAAAAAUCUGUCAAUUAAUAAAUGCCACAGAGGCAACUUGCCCAUUGUCUGACAAAGAAAAGUGUUUAUAUAAACUGUCCUCAUAUUUCAUCCAAGUCUAUUGCGCUGUGAAGUUUUGCAGACAAGAUAAAAAAUGUAAAUUAAGUGUAAAUUUCUGUACUUUUACGCACUGUACAGUUACAUGUUUAAAUGAGGAAAGAAUUUUAUGUGAUUCAAGUGUAUCAUAAUAAAAUGGAUAAAUAAGUACCUUAAUCCUGCAUCAUUUCAAUUUCUAUAGUUAUGUGAUGCCCAUUUUGGUUUUUUAAAAAGUACCAUUUUACCUCUGUAGUUUCUAAACAUCGUUAAAAAAAUUCAGUUUAUUCACAUUCGAUACCAA